GAAAGAGAAAGAGUCAAGAGGAGAGAGAGAGUGAAAAGCGCGCAUGAAAACAUGAAGAGCAAAACUCUGAAAAUAGUGCUCGCUCUUUUCGCACUCAACUCCAUCUCUCUCUACCUCUACUUCUCCUCCCACCCCGACCACCGCCGCCAACCCUCCACCGCCUCCGCCUAUUCCCAGCCCCAGCACCCCCUCUCCGUCAAACCCUGGCCAAUUUUGCCCUCCUACCUCCCCUGGUCCCCCAAUCCCCACACCAAAUUCCGCUCCUGCGAAGCCUUUUUCGGCAACGGAUUCACUCACCGCGUCGACCCUCUCCAACCCGCCCCUGAACCCCACCGCAAAAUCAUCCCCGGCCGCGGCGCCGCCGGAGGCUGGUUCCGAUGCCAUUACAGCGAGACAUUGAGGAGCUCGGUAUGCGAGGGGGGGAGAAUUCGGAUGAUCCCCGAGAAAAUCGAGAUGUCUCAUGGGGGAGAGAAGUUGGAGAGUGUGAUUGGGAGAGGGGAGACUGAGGAGUUGCCUAAUUUUGAAGAUGGGGCUUUUCAGAUUGAGGUGUCUGACAGAUCGAAAAGGGGGAAAAGGAUGGUCGAUGAGAGGUUUUUGAAUAAAUUUGUUGAAGAAGGUGCGAUUGAGAAGCAUACUAUGCAAGGGUUGAUCCGUUCGAUCCGGUUAGUUGAUGCCGAUGAAUUUAUCUGCUCUAAGUGGAUUGAGGAGCCAGCAGUUUUAGUUACUCGCUUUGAAUAUGCGAACAUGUUUCACACAGUUACUGAUUGGUACAGUGCAUACGUGGCUUCCAGAGUCACUGGCUUGCCUAAUCGACCUCAUUUGGUGUUUGUAGAUGGUCACUGUGAGGCUCCCUUGGAAGAAACAUGGACGGCAUUAUUUUCAAGCCUUACCUAUGCCAAGAAUUUUACUGGUCCAGUUUGUUUUCGCCAUGCCGUUCUUGCCCCACUAGGGUACGAAACUGCUCUUUUUAAGGGACUCGGUCAAACAGUAGACUGUCAUGGAGCUUCUGCACAUGAUCUGUGGCAAAAUCCUGACGAUCACAAGACUGCUCGGUUGUCAGAGUUUGGUGAGAUGAUAAGAGCUGCUUUUGGUUUUCCAGUGGAUAGACAUCAUAUCCCCAAGUCAGACUCUGGCCACAAUAUCCUCUUUGUGCGACGUGAAGAUUAUCUGGCCCAUCCUCGUCAUGGUGGUAAGGUACAAUCAAGGCUCAGCAAUGAACAACAAGUGUUUGAUUCCAUAAAUGGCUGGGCAUCGAAUCACUCCGAGUGUAGAUUAAAUGUUGUGAAUGGACUUUUUGCACACAUGCCCAUGAAAGAGCAGGUUCGAGCCAUCCAAGAUGCCUCAGUUAUCGUUGGUGCUCAUGGAGCUGGUCUCACUCAUAUAGUAUCUGCUUCCCCGAAAACUGUGAUCCUUGAGAUAAUUAGCAGCGAAUACAGGCGGCCCCACUUCCAGUUGAUAGCAAAGUGGAAAGGUUUGGAGUACCAUCCCAUUUAUCUUUCUGGAUCACAUGCUGAACCUCCACGGGUAAUUGAUGAACUGAGCAACAUCUUGAAAGGCUUUGGAUGUUAAAAGGCGAAUAUUUCUCUGAUUUAAUUGAAGGGGAAGAAGUAAUUGAGAGUUUUAGAUUCUACUGCUAUUGCAGCUGUGCUCUAAUUUGGUUUCAGGAAAUUCUUGGGAGGUUUUUUGUUUGACGAUACAGAACACGUUUGACAAGGAUUGUUUGUCUUAUUUCUGUGGAACCACAGGUUGCCUUAAACCACGGAUGAAGCUCUUUGUUUCCAGCAGGAAAUCGCAUAUAUCCGUAUUCAAACUGAAACGUGCGGCCAACUUGCGGCAAAUACAUAUAGCUCUUCAAUUUUCUUCCUGUUGUUAGAAUUGGAUGUUUGGACUGAAGCCUGAAGGUUACCACUUACACUAAACAGACUGAUUUGUGAACUCUACUCUUAAUUAGAUUACAGAAAACUGUGAAAUACAUGCUGAAAAUGAUGGCUGAUUUGUGAACUA